GGUGGUGUACACCAGCUGAAAGGUUAGCAGGUGUCACCAGUAAACGAUAAGCCGUUAAACAGGAACACCGGCCCCGUGACAUUCCACUGGCUUUGUCUCGGAAGUAAUCUGAUAGGGAUCUUCUUUGAAUCCAGAAGUAGCUUUAGCAUUUGUGUUGUGUGUGUGCUGGUGUGCACAAGUGAGAGAGAGAGGAAGAAACGCUUCAGUAGGCCUACACCGUUGCGCAUUUGUUACCGAGAUCAGAGCAUUGAACUAACCUCUGGAGUCGAUGUCGUGGACUUGCUGUCAGUCGUGUUGUCCUGGUUCUCAGGAACAGCUACUACCAAUAUACCGAAAACACAGCGUCUCCCUGAAGCCAGCGGAGCUCUUGUGGAGCACAGAGAGGGAUAAGCCAGUAAAACUUCGCAUGUCUGAGUCGGGACCUGGCUCCGAGGCACCGUCUACUAUCCACCAGAUGUUCCAGAGGACAGUGGAUGGCCACGGAGAUGAGCCAGCAUUAAGGUGGAAAGAGGACGGAAAGUGGAUCACCAUGACUUAUAAGGAAUACUUACUUCAGUGCAGGUCGGCUGCCAAGAGCUUUCUCAAAUUGGGGCUGGAGCGCUACCAUGGCGUUGGUAUUUUAGGCUUCAACUCCCCUCAAUGGUUUAUCGCUGACAUUGGUUGCAUCAUGGCAGGGGGCCUCGCCACAGGAGUUUAUACCACCAACACUCCUGAAGCAUGUCAGUUUGUGGCCCACAACUGCGAGGCCAAUGUAUUGGUGGUAGAAAACCACAAGCAGCUUGUCAAGAUUCUUCAGGUGAAAGAUCAACUGCCGCAUUUGAAAGCCAUCGUUCAGUACAAGGAUGAGCUAGAACAGAAGCUUCCCAAUGUAUACAGUUGGACAGAGUUUAUGAUGCUGGGUGAGGACGUUCCAGAAGAAGAGCUGGAUGCUUUGAUCAAAAACCAAUCCCCAAAUGAGUGCUGCACACUUAUUUACACCUCAGGGACAACAGGAAACCCCAAGGGCGUCAUGCUGAGUCACGAUAAUAUCACAUGGAUUGCUAAUGCUGUAGGAACCACGACUCAUUUGAAGAUGCGUGAGGAACAGCUGGUCAGCUACCUGCCUCUCAGCCACGUGGCUGCUCAGAUGAAUGACAUAUGGAUUAGCAUGCGCUUUGCAGCAACAACCAGUUUUGCUCAGCCGGACGCUCUGAAGGGCUCUUUGGUGGAGACUCUACGGGAAGUGCGUCCUACAAGUUUUCUGGGCGUACCGCGCGUGUGGGAGAAGAUGCAGGAGAGAAUGAAGGAACUCGGUUCCAAGUCCACCGCUUUACGAAGACAAGUGGCUGAUCGGGCCAAAGCACUAGGGCUUCAGGCCAGUUACAAUGAAAUGAAUGGGACUAAUGUCGUGCCUUGGGGCUUCUCUCUUGCCAACAAACUGGUUUUCACAAAGGUGCGCUUUGCCUUGGGCCUUGACCGUUGCAAGGCCUGCUAUACCGGCGCAGCUCCCAUCACCAAGGACACGCUUGAGUACUUCAUGAGCCUGCACAUUCCUCUUUUUGAGGUCUACGGAAUGAGUGAGAGCACUGGCCCACACACCAUGUCCUGUCAGGAUGGCUUCCGUAUCACAAGUUGCGGUAAAGAGGUGACUGGUUGCAAGACCAAGCUAGAUAAGCCUGAUGCGGAUGGCAAUGGGGAGAUUUGCUUCUAUGGACGCCAUGUGUUAAUGGGGUAUCUGAAUAUGCCUGAGAAGACGAAAGAGGCUUUGGACGACGAGGGCUGGCUGCACUCUGGGGACCUGGGCAAACAUGACAAAGACGGUUUCCUGUUCAUCACAGGAAGAAUUAAAGAGAUAAUAAUAACUGCUGGAGGAGAGAACAUUCCUCCAGUGCCAAUUGAAGAUUCUGUCAAGGAGGAAGUGGCAAUCAUUAGCAAUGCAAUGCUAGUUGGAGACAAGAAAAAGUUCCUUUCCAUGCUUCUCACACUGAAAUGUGUCAUGAAUGAUGCAGGAGAGCCAACUGAUGAACUAACCCCUUUGGUGGUCGAGUUCUGUCGACAGCAUGGCGUCGGUGCCACCAAAGUGUCAGAGAUUGUCGGGAACAAGGAGCCUGCUAUUUACAAAGCCAUUCAGGAGGGGAUGGAGCGUGUAAACGCUAAAGCCCCUUCCAAUGCCCAGAAGGUCCAAAAGUGGAGUAUUCUACCUAAAGACUUCUCUGUGCCAGGAGGAGAGCUUGGUGGGUAAA